UGUCUGGUAUGCUGUUCGGCAUUUGCACUGCCCGUCUGUAAGAUUGUCUCCAUGGUUUGCUCUUAACGAUGUAUUUCCUCUUGUCCCUGUCUUCUUCUUCAUCCAUUCAUCUACGUUAACUCUUACUUCUGACGAGCGUCUCAUCUUGCGCUGCACGAUCAUAUUGCAGUCGCUACUCGGACUCAACUCCAACUGGUCAUCGAUACAACAUGGUCUAUUUCUGCAGCGUCCGCCAUGUGGCGCUUGCGACAAUGCUGGUCGCAACCGCUAGAGGCCAGCCUGGAAGCCGUCGCGAUGCCUCUCCAGUACCAGCAGUCUCAUCGACACCGACCCCCGCAUCAAGUGCAUCGCUGUCCUCCAGCUCGACAACCGCUGCUCCCGCCGGCUACACCACAGCAGUCGUGCCAAUCUACCUCUUCGACAUUGCAGAGUCGUUACUCAGCCAAUAUUUUCCUUCGACCAUCCCUGCCGAUCUGGCCGCCGUAAAGUGGCCUUCAACCGUCGUUCUCGGCACCGCCACAUACGCCUUGCACGAGAAAUCGACAUCAACCAGCUCACACCAAACCGCUACCCCGACACAGUCAUCUCAUAGCCAGCAAAACUCUGAUCAAAAGGGCAACGAAACACUGGCAAUCGUUCUCGCCACCGUCAUCGGCGCAAUCGCCAUUGCCAUCAUGGCCGUCAUCUUCUGCUGUCUACGCCGAAGGAAGAAGCGAACUGGCACCAUGUUCAUGCGUCGCUCCUCGCCCUCCACUAGCACCAGGGGAUCUCGAAGAGCAAACGUCUUUGGCGGCAACACGGAGUACAUCCCCAAUGGCAACAUGGGCCACGCCGAGGAGCGCGACACGACUUUCUUGACUGGCGCUCACGUUUUACCCCCCAGUAGCCAUGCUCACCACAAUCGAGAGUUAUCUGACGAAAGCCCCUUCUACACCCCGCAAGAACCACAAGCUUCGCAUCGCGGCCGUCACGGUAUCAUGGACCAGACGGAGCUGCAGAACCAGCGAUCGCCGUUACCGUCCAAUCCUCAAGGAAUCGGCGCAACACACCCCUCCGACGCUUUCGUGCCUUCUCAAUCACGCAAACCCAUGCCUCCACAUCGACUGACAGACCUACACACCAAUCCCUUUUCUUCCGCAGAGGAUAGAGAAGCCAAUGAUGUCGUUUCCCCGAUUUUGCCCUCUAAGAGUUCAGAUCGCAUGAACUCUCCGCUCGUCCAUUAUCCUUCUGUAUCGGAGGUUAGUGAGUUUGACUUUGCGGGUAGAGAUGGGGAGAGUGGUGCGUUUGGACGGGUUAAUAGUGGUGCUUGGCGGUCUGGGAGGGAGAGGUUGGAUGGGAGGCAUGAGUUGGCAUGAUGCAUGAUAUAUGUUGUUUCGAAUGUCAUUGAACGUCUCUUCAUGCUUUACAGCUUCGCGCGAGAUUGGCCUUUCUAUUUGCUGUCGGCAGUGUAUGGUCUCGAAAUAACGUCUAGAUAAUGACUAGAUGACAUGAAUACAG